CACUCGCCAGGUAUUCAUUUGUUUAUUAGUCACAGACCACGUUUUAGUGUUUUCUUUCUGAUUACUUCUACGAUGGUGAACGUUAGUGAAUCCGCUGUUGAGAGUAUCGGCAAGGUUCUCAACAAUGCUUCGCGGCCCAUGAAAGAGCGCUUUCGGGCGCUAUUUACACUCAGAAAUAUUGGCGGCGAGUCGGCGAUAGAGUGUAUUAGCCAGUGCUUCGGGGAUGAAUCAGUGCUGUUAAAACACGAGCUAGCCUACUGUUUAGGCCAAAUGCAGGAUAAAAGGGCUAUACCGAUUCUAAGGAGCGUGUUGGAGGAUAAAAAUCAAGAUCCCAUAGUACGCCAUGAGGCUGGUGAAGCUUUGGGUGCAAUUGGUGAUCCAAAUCUCCGUGAGCUGCUUGAAAACUACCAACAUGACCCAGCAAUCGAAGUAGCGGAGACAUGCCAAAUAGCCCUGCAAAGACUGGACUGGGUCGCAAAUGAUACCCAGAAAGAGAACUUAUCAAAGAGCUUGUAUGCAUCUGUGGACCCAGCGCCGCCCAGCACAGAGAGUGAUAUUUCCAAGUUAAGUCAGACACUGAUGGAUGAGACUAAACCUCUAUUUGAGAGGUACAGGGCUAUGUUUAGCCUUAGAAAUAUUGGGACUACAGAAAGUAUAAAAGCUUUGGGUGAAGGUUUCAAAGCCAGCAGUGCCCUGUUCCGUCACGAGGUAGCUUUCGUUUUUGGCCAGAUGCAGGAUGAGCGAAGUGUGCCGUUCCUGGUCAAAACCCUGGAGGACACAAAUGAACAUGAGAUGGUCCGCCAUGAGGCUGCAGAGGCUAUGGGAUCCAUUGCCACUGAAGAGUGCACUGAGGUUCUGAAAAGGUAUUUAAGUGACCCUAGGCCCGUGGUCCGAGAGAGCUGUGAGGUGGCCCUGGACAUGUCGGAGUACGAGAACAGCCCCGAGUUCCAAUACGCCAACACGUUGCUCGCCGUCCACGCGUGAGGACCGUGGCUAUAACUGCGAACUACGUUCGUUAGUUCGUCUUUUUGCAUCUCGCUCUUGCUUCGAGUGAGAGAGGCAAAUAGACGAUUCGAUUUGCGCGGUUCGCAUUAGACCUAUUUUAUGGACCAUAUAAAUUUUCGUUGAUAAAAGGCAGAAUGAUUUGUACGGUAAGAUUUCGCUUGGGCUCCUCCCUUCCGACAUGUCGGAAGCCGGUGUUGCCCGAAGCUAGCGCCAUCUGUAAAAUACUUCGCCGACCAACCCAUUUGUCAGUUAAAAAUCUGGACUAUGCAAGAUCGGUUAAAUGUCAAUUUUGGCGAAUUUAUGACGAAAUAUGUCCCAGUGGUGUAAGCGUCAGGAUGACAGGACCAUGAUAGCUAUUUAUAACGAGCGUUACUCCAAGUUUUAGUACCUUUUUUGAACUAUUUGGUACCUGAUCAAAAAAUUUGUACCUAGCUAAAAAUCGAGAAAAUUGAAAAUAAAGUGGCCAGCCAUUCUGACGUCAAGUUGACAGGACCAAGUCCACUUCCCCUAGUUUUAGGCGUUAUAUCGAAUCCAUCUUUUGACAAAGAUUUAGUACCUAAUUAGUAGAGUCUGGCUAGCCAAAUUUUGUUGACAGAUAUUUCCUUGUUGCAUCACCAAUUGUCUAUGCUUUUAAAAAAAGUUAAAAGUCUGUUGUCAAUUUAUGUCAUUCAUUCAAAUUGUUCGCGGUUUAUAAGGCGUUUAUUUUAAAUAAUACUUAAAUAAUAUUAAUAAUGACUAUACCGAGUGACGUCCGCAACCUAUUAUUUAAGCUCGUAAAUAAUUACGACAAUGUGCGAAGUCGACGUGAAGCGUUUUAUAACGAAAAACUGCAAUGUUUACAAGUCGGAAACAAUUCGCGUAGGUUGGUGCUCUAUUAAUAUUUUGAUACUUUAAGUACUAGUUCUAAAUUUCUAACAUUUCCCUAUAACUUUGAUUAAGUAUGUGAAUUUAUUAAUACCUGAAUCUCAUAAACAGGACAAGUGUGUAAAAGAAACGGAUAAACUAGAAGUUCUGGAAAAUAUUCAGAUUCAGAUUCAGAUCUUUAUUUGAUCUUUACCAAUAAAAUCAAAACAUUGGAACGUAAUCAUAUGUGUUUGUCGUUGACUAUACUUUACAUAGUGGUAGAAAUUAAUGUGAGCUGACUUUGAGUGCAGUCAACGUAUAUUUAACUUAUUUCCUUAUUAGGUACCUUACGUGUGCACAGAAUAUAAAAAAUAUUUUCUAGUAUCAAAACUAUAAUUCCUACUACACACAGUGAGACCAGCCCAAGAUUUUUUGAAUUUCCCGCCAAAACUUUGGGUAAUAUUUCGGUAGCCAGACUCUACCUUUCAUAAUUAUUCUUCUUAUUUUAUUUUGACUUACCAUAAAAAAGUUAGUUUUAGUUAUUUUUCACAAUAUAUUAUUAGUUCACAAGUUAGUUUGGCUAAAUCAUUUAUUUCUAUUAAAUCUUUGUCAAAACAUGGAUUCGAUAUAACGCCUACGACUUGGGGAACUGGACUUGGUCCUGUCAACCCGACGUCAUACUGGCUGACCACUUUAUUUUCAAUAUUCCUUGAUGUUUAGCUAGGUAGAGUGGGGCCAAGAAAAGUCUGCAGCGGAUUUGAUAGCCCACCCAGUGCAAGUGUUAUUUAUAAGUCAUAAUUUCAUAGAAGUUUGACGUUUAAAAUAACACUUGCUCUGUGUGGACUAUCAAAUCCGCUGCAGACUUUUUUUAGUCCGACUACAAAUUUUUUGAUGUCCGGCUCCGGUACCAAAUAGUACAAAAAAAGUACUAAAACUUGGAGUAACACUCGUUAUAAAUAGCUAUCAUGGUCCUGUCAUCCUGACGCUCACCCAGUGGUCUAGAACUAGUUAAAUUUUAUUUUUUCUUUAUUGAAAGUGAUUAUGAUGUUAGAUUUUACCAUUUGUUAUUUUAGAUAUUCAGCGUUACCUAUUCAUUUUCUUUAUAUAAGGCUCACCUUUUGUAAUACACGUACAUGACUGAAUAAGUAUUAAUUUGAAGUUGGAAACAUUGAAUUUUGUAUCGGUCAAAGGAGUAUUUAUAAAUAAAUUAUCAAGUAAUGAUUAAA